GUACACACUACGAUAUCCAUGUGCGCGUUAGAAAAGCAAUAGCAUUGCAUUCAUACACAAUAGUAUAUAGAUUAUGGGAUUAUAUGGUCUUUGCAUCGGUCAUAGGUUUGGAUUCAUUACAAAGGAAUCUAGUAAUUGUGUUAUUAGGACACGAUGCCUUCGAGCCCAUCAUACUGCUGCCAUAAGGGCGGCUUAUGAGCUCAGCAAAUCCAAAAGUCGCAUUGAUGAAUCAACUACUAAUAGUAUUGCUGAGACGUUGCGUGAUGUUCGUGGAUGUACUCUAUCCAAUCAGGAAGCCUUUUAUACGUUGGAUCUCUGUUUAAGAAGUGGUAUAUUUAAGCAUAACCUCUUCCGCGAUUGCCUAUCAAUAGUGGAGGCUGACUACUUCAACCCCGUGCUUAUUGAUCCUUGGAAUGGAGAACCACCUUUAUUGCAAACUUCUGACGAAAGGUUACCUCGUAAUUCUCAUUGCGGUGUAAAUGGCAUGUCUAUUGAGCAGAAGGCGUCUUUGAUUGUGUGUCAAGAUAAAAUUAACGCUCCAAGCCAAUCUGAUAGUGCUAGUGGCAAUAAACAGAGAACUACAGAACUGGAUCCUGAAAAACAUGAGUUAUUUACUACAAAGAAGUUGGGCAAGGUUCUCGAUCCCAAACCGUUCAAGGUGCGAGUCAACGCUAUGGUUCCUGGCAAGAAGUUGUGUAACACGCUGGCGUUACAGUUAAAGGAGGCUAUAAGCACAGCGUCUUCUGUAGAUAUUGCCCAUUUGUGUUCCAUUUUUGUUGUGAGGCGUCCAUUUAGUGGUACCGUGAAUGAUGAUUCUAUUGAUAUGCUUACGGAGCGACUUUUGGAAUACAUCCCUGCGGAGUUGUUUACUUAUAUACACCAUAUGGCCAUAUUCUGUUCGGCAGCAGCAUCUAGGGCAACUGAAACGUGGUCAUACGACAGUGGCUUUGAAAAAGUUCGAUCGUAUGGGUCCCAUAGAACAUAUCGGAUAAGACGUACUCAAUUACCAAAGAGUCUUUUGAUUAACGUAUCUGAAGCCCUGGAUAUAUACGCCUCUAAAAAUAUAGGAACAAUCGUGCCAUCGACCAUGUUUUGCUAUGGCUUUGAUAAACUGGAACAGCAUGUUUAUACCAUGCGUUCCUUGGCAAUGUCAGAUGUACCGAUUUCUAUGGCAACAUGGGACGGAUUGAUGUCUCUCGUUGGCUAUUAUAUUGAUGAAGGGUAUAUUCCAAGUGUUUACACAGUAUUGUGUUUACUUGAAGCCAUAAAUGCGUCAAAGUACACCACGUCUAUAACUAAUGAUGUUGCACAUAAGGUGAUAUCAUGCUGUACAGUAGGCAAUGAAGCUUUGAAAGGGGUGUCAAAGCUAUCUCAUUUGGCAACAUAUCAAAUAUUACGUCUAUUGUGUAGUUAUCCGUGGACUACAGGAUCGCAUUUAUUAGAGGAUUACCUCCUGGGUAUAAACCACUCAAGAAUAGCCUCAUUUCCAUCGCACAUUAGGAGUGAUAUAAAGCAACUUUUGCAACAUUGUGGAAGGGGUCCUAAGGCAGAGCCUAUCGGAAAACCGAAUCACUAGAGCACGUAGAUAUAAUGUCCACCAUAAGGGCCAUAGAGCUACAAUUUAUAUGAUUAGGACACUU